AUGGCCAUGUGUCUCUUCAUUCCGUUCUCAGUUCUUCCCAUCCGCAGGCGUUGGUAUGAGAUAUUCCUCAUCGGCCACAUUGUUCUUGCUAUCCUAGCCAUCGUCGGGUCCUACUGGCAUAUAGUCCAUCUCUACAAACACCAGAGCGGAUUCGAUCUCUUCAUCUACAGCACCAUGGGAAUAUGGGGCUUCGACAGACUCAUGCGCAUGGCCAGAGCAACGAAAAAUGGGGUCAAAAGGGCAUACGUUAGCAAGGUGGAUGACGAGUAUAUCCGAGUCGAUAUCCCGGGUGUUGAGGGCCAUGGUUACUGCUUCGCGUACUUUCCGACGCUUUCUUGGAGGCCGUGGGAGAACCAUCCUUUCUCCAUCAUCAACUAUACUCGGAACCUACCGGAUGAAGAAGGCUCGUCUACUCCAGCAUCUUGUUCGGGCACGGAGUCCCCGUCGUCACCGGGUGCGGCCUCCCUUCAAUCCUCGUUUGAAAAGUCCGUGGCCGUGCGGACCAAAGUCCCAGGUCAUAUUGCCACCCGCAAUCGCCGGGAUGGUGGCAUCUCGAUGUUCAUGCGUGUGCAAAAUGGCAUGACCAAGAAGCUCGCCCGAAUGGCGGGCGUGGUAACAGGCAUACCCGUCCUUGUCGAGGGAAGCUACGGCCACGAGGGCAACACGUUCUUGCAGGGACACGACAGCAAGUUCGCGCCGAGCUUGAAGUACCCCAACACGCUGUGUAUUGCUGGCGGCGCGGGUAUUUCUGCUGUAAUGCCGGCGCUGGGUCAGUGCCUGAGCAUAUACGGCAGAAAGGGGUCGACCAAGUUGUACUGGGGACUCCGUAGCAGGGAGCUCGUGGAUGCCGUCGAGAGCAGCAUCGUCGGUCCGGACGGCGAGACAGCCAACUGGGGGGAGAUUGAGACACACAUUUCGGUCGGCUCCAGGCUCAAUGUGCGGCGAAUCCUCGAGGAAGAGCUGGAUCAGGUGUCUGCUGGCACCACGGUUAUCGUCUGUGGGCCUUUGGCCAUGUGUGACGAGGUGCGGUACACCGUCGCAGCACUGGCACGGCACGGCAAAGUGGUGCGACUUGUGGAGGAGAGCCUGCCAUGGUAG